UCGCAUCAGAAAGGGGCGGGGAGUGACCGGAUUGUAGGGCUGGGCGGAGGCGGCCGCGAGCCCUGGCGCUGCUGCUGCUGCUAAUAGGAAUGAAGAGGAUGGUGGCCUGCUUACGAUAAAGCGAAGUGGAAAAGGGGCUGGGAAAAGACUAAAGGGGGGCGCCCUCCUUUAAGGGUGGGGGGGCUGAUCUUUACGUUCUGCUUUUCUUCUCUUCGCUGAGAGGACGAAACGGAGCAGAGAAAAGGAAGGAAGAGAAACCAGAGGAGGAGAAAGUCGAUCCGGUAGGGGGGAAAAGCUAACAGCUAACAACCAUGUCAGGGCGCCCGAGAACCACCUCCUUUGCAGAAAGCUGCAAACCGGUGCAGCAGCCUUCAGCCUUUGGCAGCAUGAAAGUUAGCAGAGACAAAGAUGGCAGCAAAGUGACUACAGUAGUAGCAACUCCCGGACAAGGUCCAGAUAGGCCUCAAGAAGUUAGUUAUACAGACACUAAAGUGAUUGGGAAUGGAUCUUUUGGUGUUGUUUAUCAAGCCAAACUCUGUGACUCAGGAGAGCUGGUUGCCAUUAAAAAAGUUCUGCAAGACAAGAGAUUUAAGAAUCGAGAGCUUCAAAUCAUGAGAAAGCUUGAUCAUUGUAACAUUGUCAGAUUACGUUAUUUCUUUUACUCCAGUGGAGAGAAGAAAGAUGAGGUAUAUCUUAAUUUGGUGUUGGACUAUGUUCCUGAGACAGUAUACAGAGUGGCAAGGCAUUAUAGUAGAGCCAAACAGACACUCCCCAUGAUAUUUGUGAAGUUGUAUAUGUAUCAAUUAUUCCGAAGUUUAGCCUAUAUCCAUUCCUUUGGAAUAUGUCAUCGGGAUAUAAAACCACAGAAUCUUUUGCUGGACCCUGACACAGCUGUCCUAAAACUUUGUGAUUUUGGAAGUGCAAAGCAGCUAGUUCGUGGAGAGCCUAAUGUCUCUUACAUCUGCUCUCGAUAUUAUAGAGCACCAGAGUUAAUUUUUGGAGCCACAGAUUAUACUUCUAGUAUAGAUGUUUGGUCGGCAGGUUGUGUGUUGGCAGAAUUAUUACUAGGGCAACCAAUUUUCCCAGGAGAUAGUGGUGUAGAUCAGUUGGUGGAAAUAAUUAAGGUCCUUGGAACUCCCACAAGAGAACAAAUUAGAGAAAUGAAUCCAAACUAUACUGAAUUUAAAUUUCCUCAGAUUAAAGCACAUCCAUGGACUAAGGACUCGUCAGGAACAGGACAUUUCACCUCAGGAGUACGGGUCUUCCGACCCCGCACUCCACCAGAAGCAAUAGCUCUAUGUAGCCGUCUGUUGGAAUAUACCCCUACUGCCCGCCUGACUCCACUGGAAGCCUGUGCACAUUCUUUCUUUGAUGAAUUACGGGACCCAAACAUCAAACUACCAAGUGGGCGAGAGAAGCCCGCACUCUUUAACUUCACUACCCAAGAAUUGUCAAGUAAUCCCUCUCUGGCUUCAAUUCUCAUACCUGCUCAUGCUCGGAAUCAAGCCGCUGUUUCAACCCCUACCAAUACUUCAGCAGCCUCAGAUUCCAGUGCAGGUGAUCGAGUUCAGACCAAUAAUGUAGCUUCAACAUCAGCUUCCAACUCCACCUGAACUGAUCUCAAGCAGCAGCUUGUACAGGAACAAUCACCAGUAAUUUUGAGUCUUACUCAGCAACACUGGUCACAUUUGGAAAGAAAAUGUAAAAAGAAGGGGAAAAACUGUUCAUUAUAGUGUUGGAUUUUUAAAAAUUGUUGUUCUUAUUUAACCUUGUAAAAAAACCAGUUUCAUUGUAUGCUCACUCUGCAGGCUCUUUGGGGCAUGGGAAUAAGUGGGGCGGGAAAAGGGAAAUGGAUUGUUAGAACACACCAAUUUCUCUUCCCAUGACAAUCUUCUAAUUUCAGACAAUUGCUGUUGUGUACUUUAGAAUCAGGAAUCUUAUCUGACGCCCUCCAACCAUCACCGCCAUCACCAGAAAAAAAAGAAAGAAAGAAACCCCUCAUUCUGCUGAAGCCUUGUAUUUUUUAAGUGAAGUUUCAGUUUUUGGUGUAGUGCACAACUUGAAUUUGGUUAGGAGUUUAACAGAAGUUGCUCAUCUUGAGUAUCAUUUGCUGGAAUUAAAUGUCUUUGUGUUGGGUGAGGAGGAAGAACAAGAUGAGGUGCUAUAAUAUGCUGAAUUGCCAAAGGGAACUAUGAAGGAGGGGGGGAGUUACAGUGUGAAAAAAAGCUUGAAAUAGUAAGGAACAAAUCACCUUAAAUUUCAUUUGCCUCUGAAGAAUUCUGCGAACAUAUACUUUUGGCUUGAAUGCACCUAUCCCAGUGUUUUAGGAGUUGGAUAUUAAAAGAUCUGUAAAUCAUAGAAGAAAGCAUGACCAAUCAUAUCCACACCUCAGUAGAUGGGAGUAGGUGUGCAUAUCCCUCCAUGCGCAGAAAAUAUAAAGAUCCUUCUGCAUUCUGUUCAUUCAUUUUGAUUCUAAAUUGACUUCUUUCUUGAAGAAGCAGACUGGGAAAAAGAUGCAAGGGAUAUAAUGUGAAUGGAGAUAAUAUUUUCAUAGCAUAUAGAGCUUUUAAGUUGAUAGGUUAUUUAACAGGUAGAUUUAAACCCCAGUUUGAAUUUAUAUUUAAAUUCACCUUUUUCAGCCUUUUCCUUUCUAAUCUUUCUUUACUGGUUUUCAGAAGUUGCUUUUGUCACAAUGGAGAAUAUUAAUCUCUAGACAAAUAGUUUAUUUGCUCCAGCUGUCAAGUGUGUCUGUGUAUAUUUGUGUUAUGUAUACGUACACAUAAGCACGCACACGUAUACAUAGUGCUACUUUUUAUUUUUACAUCUAGAAAUACUCUGAAGCAGAAAUGCCUGUUUCCUGUGUCUUUGUUCUGGAUUAUUAAAUUGUGGCCAAAGGUCUCUCUGACAUGAAAGCAAUAUGCCUUGGAUGGUUUGAGAAAGGUUUUGAGAAAGAAUGUCAUUACUAAUGCAUGAAGCACUAAUGGGUUCUUGUGACUAGCUCCCUCUUUGAUUUGAUAGCUAUGCUUAUUUAACUUCCAUCAAAUUAACUGUAGUUUACCUUGCAAUAUCUUUCAUUGGUGAACCUUUUGAAAUUAGAUUUGGGCCAAGGAGAGCAAGUAGUUUAUAUUCAUUUCUUAGGUGUGAAGUCAUUGAGGGAAGAGAAAUAAGCCCUCAUAUGAUGAAUGGGGCAUGUCCGGAAAGGAGUGGUGGCCUCUCUAAAAAAAAAAAUCAGAUGGCUUUAAAGACCAUUCACAUCAUUACCUAAACCAUUUUUAAGAGCCAUGAGCGAGACUGGAGAAGAAUCCGUAAUGAAUGGGAGGCCAGGAAGGUCCUCUUGCUUCAUGGAAUGAGCCCACAGGUGUCUUCCACGUUGAGUGUACGGCCAUCAUAGUCAGAGCUCAAUUUUGUAGUCAUGGUAGCAAGACAGUCUGAAUUCAGAAAGGAGAUCUUAGGAGGAUUUGUAUUACUUUCAUUGGCUGAAGUCUAAUAGGGGAGAAUAAUAAAAAGCUUUAACACUUUUUUUUAAUGUAUAUGUCUCUCUGUGUGUGUGUGUGUGUAUAAAAACUAGGAUCCUGAUUUUUUUUUCCUAAGGAUCAUGGCAGAACUGCAAGCAAAAUUUUAUAUAAAUCUAGAUCCAGGUGUUUCAGUAUCGUUUUUUUUUUUGUAAAUAAACUGACAAAAGCUCCUCACCAAAUUCAAGUUUGUACAUUAGUUCUUAAACUUUUAAGUUUUAUUGCUUUAUAUGUAAAUACGUGGACACAGGAACUGUUAUUAAUGAACAAAAGUUACCAUUCAGGGCAGUUAAUUUGUUUUAAUAAUCAGACAAAUUGUAGACAAGCUUUUUAAAGCCAUAUAGUUCUAACUAUGUACAGUAGAUAACUGGCCUGUAUUAUUGUAACAAUAACUCUAGCAAUGUAUAGUGUAUCUAUAUAGUUUGGAGUGCCUUUGCUUCCAUGAUUUUUUUUCUUCCUUUUUGUAACAGAUGCCUCAUAUGUGCAGAUAUGCUUCCCUUCUUUCAGCCAUUUCAUGGUCAGUAGCAGCAUUAAAAGAAAAUGCCUCCAGACAUCCAUGGCUGUACUCAUCCUGCUGAACUUGAUAGCAGCGAGUCACAGCUCAGCAGCACCUGGAUGGCCACCAUUUUCCCAGUACUUUGCACACUGAUUUAAACAUAUCCCCACUGUAACUGGUUUCAUUAUAUAGAUGACACCUUGGUAUCUAAAUGACAGGUUUACAUUUUGCAAAUUUUUGCCCAAUAGGCUCUUCAAGGGGUCUUGUAGACCACUGCUUCAUAGAGCUUUUGCUUGGCCAUGUGGUUUAUUCAGACAGAAUUGGAGAUUGUAAAAAAAGUAAGCAACUGUAUUUGGGGAGGGAAGAACUGGGAUCACAUACAUACACCUGUAUUUUUUAGAUCUAGAAAUCUUGCAAGCUUUUUUGGACAGAAAGUUGUGGUAGUUAAGUGUCUAUAACCAUAGAUUAUCACUUCCCUUCUCAUUUACUUGCCAAUUUUUUUUUAAUGAACGUUAAUUUUUGUGCUCAGCACAAAGGCCUUGCUUUUAAAACUCUGCUCAUAUGUAUAUUCAACUUUGUUAAUAUUCUACAUGAGGUUUUCUUUAAUGGCAAAAUGCUGAACUUUUUAUCAAACCAAAGGUUGCUUUUUUUUAAAGCUUUUUGUAACCAUCUUCUGUUCAUUCCAGUUAGACAGAGGAUGCCAUUUUUCUGGUGACAUAAAGGUCAGUGAGAGUAUUUUGUUUCUGACAGUCCACUCAGAAUUUAAAUUUUAUGGUUUGUUUUUAAAUGAAGUACCGUAUAGUCUCUGAAUCUAUCCUUUGUCUGCGUUGCAAUUGUGCAUAACCCUGAGAUGGCAUUAAUGAUAUUCUCUGUGUCAUUGACUGAACGUCAGAAAAAAGGCACUAGUAGUAUUAAUUUUGAAGUAUGUCCUUUCAAACAAAGGUAUGGAUUUUUUUUCAACAGAUUAUUUUAAUGUCAUCUAGCUGGUGCUUGAACAAGCUUCCUUCUAUGAAUAAGCCAAGUAAUAGUUGAUGUCUGUAAUAGAUGUUAAUUUGAAACAAUCCCAAAUUAAAAAUGUUAUCAGCAUUUUUCUCCAUUAAAUAUCUUAGCCUCUACAGAUCAAAGCCAGUAAGGAAAAGCACAGUUAAGUUAUCUAGCCCAAGACUGAUAUUUUUCAGAUGUGCGCAUCGGAACACCUUUUAAUUCCCAAUAUUUCUACAGGAACUAAUUCCUUGCUUCAUUUUGCAACAAGGCAAUAAAAGCAAAAUGACUGGUACCUAAAGGGUUAGCUUGAGAUAUGUCUCUUCCUAGUGUUGUUUGUUCUUGGUUUUUUGGAGAAAAAUACAAAAAACCAUUUAUAUAUAUAAAUAAUAUGCUUGCUUGUAAAAUUUGCAUUUGUUACUAUGUUGCUGAUCACUUGGGCUUGUACACACAAUUAGCGUGAUCACUUUCAUCUUAAAAGCAGAGUUCUAAAUAUAUAUAUAAUGGACUGUGGGUUGUAUACAAACUAUUGCAUACACACGCAAAGCUGUCUUGAUUCAAAGAAGCAAAACAUGUAUACCGUUAUUACUACUUGAAUGCCUCUGUGACUGAUUACUUUUUCAUUUUAAGUAUAAACUUUUUUGUGGUAUGUAUGCUUAAUGUUCAUUAUUUUAUCUCCUCCCUUCUGCUCCUUUGUAAAUACAUUAUGUUCUGUGUGACUUGGUUCGGAAAUAGUUAACUGGUACUGUAAUUUGCAUUAAAUAAAACGUAGGUUAGCCUGGACAUGAAAUUUAAAA